AUGUUUCCUGAAAAGAGAGAUCUCUCGUAUUUCCUCCCCUUCGGCCCCGCACCGAGCCUGAGCACGCUACCGUCGGACGCGGGAUUCGGCGGGAGCCGCGAAGCCGGCGUUACAACCGGCGUUGCCGCCGGUGGUGUUGCCGGCGCAGGCACGAGCUACGGCUUCAGCGGUGCCGGCCCGGCGGGGUUUAACACGGAUGCGGCGAACACAGCGGCGUCGCGGCUGUACGCGACGGGAGUGGCGAGUGGCGAGACGUUAGCCGACGCGAUAAUCGACAUUCGCAGGGAGCUGAGUCUCAGCGAUGGUAACCCUCGGCUCGCGAAAGGCCUCGCUGAAUUCUUCGACGAGAUUCUCUCCGAGGAGGAAUCUCAGGAGUUUUUCUUCUUCACGCUGCCCGGAAUGGCCUCGCUCGCUCUCCGUCUCCCGAGCCUCGUCUCCCAGCAGGCUCGGAGCGUGGCUCGGGCAGCCCAAGCCGCAGCGCAAUCCGGCAGCAGCGGGGGGAGCGGAAGCGGCGGAAGCGGAAGCGGAAGCGGGAGCGGGGGGAGUGAGAAGUGGCGGAGGGGGACGCAGAUGACGCUGCAGCUGCUGAGGCCGCAGCAGCCGGGGCUUGUGCUUAUAACGCAGGAGCUUGCUGCGGCGCUAUUGGUGGGCGCGUUCUUCUGCGUGUAUCCCACGGCCGGGCGCGCGCAGGAGAGACUACCAGAGAUCAACUUCGACCGCCUCUAUGGCGGCAUAUACGAGGGCUCGCCGCAACAACAAGAGAAGCUGCGCUGCCUGCUGCACUACUUCCGCCGAGUCGUCUCCUCCAUGCCUCAGGGCGCCGUCUCCUACGAGCGCAAGGUGCUGCCGCUCACUGCUGUCACACCCGCCACUGUCACACCCGCUGCUGCCGCCCCGCCGACCCUCCACCCGUUCAACACCCCCGGUACUGACACACCAGGCCACCUAAAGCAACAGCAGCAGCAGCAGCAGCAGGAUGUAUUGGGUUGGGGUGGGGAGGCAGGGGAGGGUGGAGGGCGGGGAAGUGGGACCAUGAGACAAGGCGGAGGUAGUUCGCCGCCCGGAAGCGGUGGGAGUGGUGGGCAGGGUGGGCGGCACGGUAGCGGUAAUGGCGGCAGUAAGGGCAGUGGUCCGACAACUGGCUCGGAUCCGAGCCUGGGAGGGUCGUGGGGGAAGGGCGGGGAAGGAGGGGGGUUGCGGAGUGGAGGGAGCACCAGGAGCUUCGGGGGGAGCUGGGGGACGCUUCCCCCUCCCCCUGGCGCGGACUUCUGGGGGACAAGGCGGAUUCCGCUCUGCGCCCUGGUGGUGCCCAUGCACCACCAGGUGCACGAGCGCGGCACAAUAGAGGACGACGGCACGGGCUGUGUGCAGGUGGACUUCGCCAAUGCCUUUGUGGGCGGCGGCACGCUCGGCUCGGGGUGCGCGCAGGAGGAGAUUCGUUUCGUCAUCUGCCCGGAGCUCAUCGUGGGAAUGCUUUUCCUGCCCGCCAUGGAGAACAACGAGACGAUUGAGAUCGUGGGGCCCGAGCGGUUCACUAGAUACACUGGCUACGCAGCAACGUUCAAGUUCGCCGGGGAUUUCAUCGACACAGCCCCUCGGGAUUCCCUAGGCCGCCGCCAGACGCGGAUAGUAGCCAUGGACGCGCUCUCCCACGCAGCAGACCGCCAAUUCCGCAGCUCCUAUCUCCUCAGGGAGACCAACAAGGCCUUCUGCGGGUUCCUAGACCAUGCCUCUGCCAGGGGUUUCGCCGGCGGGUCGAUUCUCGCGAGGCGGGGGGAAGGAAGGCAGGGGAGUGGGGAAGGCAGUAAGGAGGGCAGUGGAGAAGGGGAGAACAGGAGUGGUGAGGGGAGUGGAACUGAGAAGCGAAAUGGGGGAAUGCAGACAGGUGGUGAUAACAGAGGAAAGGGCAGCGGAAGUGACAAUAGCGAAGGGAACCCUGCAGACGCCGCCACAGCUCGCUGCCCGAGUGAAGCAGCGCCUCGGCCUGAAGAGGAGGAAGAAGAGGAAGAGGAGGAGGAGGGAGAGGAGGAAGGGGAGGAGGUGCGGGAGGAGGAUGGGUUUGUCAUGGUGGAGAGGGGUGGAGGGAGGCUGGAGGGAGUGCGGGAGGAGUGGGGGGAAGAGAGAGAGGCGGAGCAACCAGGGGGGGUUGAAGAGGCUGCUGCAUGGGUAGGUGGGGUUGUGGUGGGCGGCCAUGGGGAGAGGAGGGAGAUGGAGGUAGAGGGUGAGGCAACCCCAAUGGAGGAGGACUAUAUCGAGGACAAGCCAGUAGACGUUCAGAAGGCUAAUGACGACACAGAGAUGAAGGAGAAGGAAGUGAGGGCAGAGGGGGAGGACGCACAUGACAAGCAGGGUCAAUCCGCAAGCCAGGCUUCUGGAGAGUCACCACAGCUGGGCAGCGCCAAUAGGGCGUCUGAGCAGACACCGUCCCCAUCCCUGCCCUUCGUGCGGACUGAUGCUCUCAUGACAUCAGCAGGAGGGUUGAUGACAUCAGCAGGAGGGUUGAUGCCAUCAGCAGGCGUUGCUGUGCCUGCGGGGGCGGUUUGUUUCCCCUCCAUCUCCCCCCAGGGCACCGGCACUGGGACAGGGGGAACUGGCGCGGGCACAGGGGGAACUGGCGCGGGGACAGGGGGGAGGACGUGGGGAUCAGGGGCAGCCACUGGAGGGGGGAGUGGCGGCGCCAUAGGGGGAGGGACGGGGGGAACUGGGGGAACAGGGGGAAGGGGAGGUGCAACAGGAAAGGGUGGUGGUGCGGAAGGGGGUGGAGGGAGAGCGGAAGGCAGUGGAAGUGAUACCCAAAGCCAGGCGGCAACUGAUUCGAGCGGGAGGCAUUUGUCUCUUUCUGGGCUGAGGCGGGCGGUGGAGGAGGAGGUGGUUGGGGCGGGCAGCGGGGGAGGGCUUGGGGAGCAUGGGGGACAGGAGGAGACGGGGAGUGGGGGGGGGAGCAGGGGGAGGAGUAGGGAUGAGAAUGGGAGUGACAGCGGGGGGAGUGAUGACUUGGGGAGUGGGGACCACAGAAGGAGGGUCCGUGUAGCAGCUCAAAGAACGAGUCCUGGGCAUUCAGCAGCAGCUAACACUGAGGCUGCUGCAGUAGGGGGAGCAGAUGGACGGGCAGGACAGGAAGCUGUGGCAGGGGUGGGAGGGGUUGCUUGGGGGACGGGUGCAGAGGUGGCACGUGACGCAGCAGGGGCAGCAGCACCAACCACAGCACUACCAGUAGCGGAGGCAGCAGCGGCGGCGGCUGAGGCGGCGGCUGGGGAAGCAGCAGCAGCGGUGGCAGCAGCAGCGGGCAUGAGGCCGGGUCGACUGAGUCUGACGUCCCAGCACAACCGCAUGGGCAUAGCGACGGGCAACUGGGGGUGUGGCGUGUUUGGGGGCGAUCUGGAGGUGAAGAGCAUGGUGCAGUGGAUGGCUGCUUCUGAGGCCGGCCGCCCCUUUGUGCUCUACUUCACCUAUGCCGACCACCGCGCCGCCCGGCUCAAGGAGGUGUGUGAGUGGCUGCUGAGGGAGGGGUGGAGUGUGGGAGAGCUGUGGACGACCGUGGCUGAGUACAGCCGGCAGCGACGAGACCACCAGCUGCUCCUGCAGAUAGGCUUUUUCUUGCCGCCCUCCCCUUUGAAUGAGACUUGGAAGGAAGCCGGACUAACUCCAGUGCUUCAGUUACUUCCCCCCACCCCCGUCCAUCCAAACCUGUCAGCAGGUUCUCCCGAGCCUGACGCCAAGCGUGCCCGCCUGUCCACCUCCGGAGGCUCGUCCCGAGCCGUGUCAUCCCCUCCCCGCACCUCCCGCUCCCUGCACACCGAACUGCAGUACGCGUUUGAAGACCCGUGCCUCGUGCCUGAAGUGGGCGGGGGGGCUGAUGAGCCGAGACCUGGCCAGCAAAGUGGACGCGUGGAGGCCGGUGAAGGCAUGCGGCGUGGUGGUGUGAUGGAUGGCCAAGGAGGAGUGCAUGGGGCCGAGGCACAGAGAGAAGGGCGCAGAGAGGAGCUAGUGCAAGGAGCAGGGCGCAGAGAGGAGGCAGAAGGAACAGGGCAAGGAGACGAGCAGGAGCAGAGAGAGCAGCAGCGACACGAAGACGGGCACAGGGACGAGGUGCAAGAGAGGGAGGAGAGAGGCGACAGGGGAGGGCAGGUAGGGCAGCUGGAGGCAGGGCGGGGUGGGCACGUUCAGGGCCCUGGGGAAGUGGGAGCAGCGAUCUGUGCAGAGGCGAAUGUUGAGGCGUGGCAGGGGGGCGAGGGGGCGGAGGAGGACGGAGUGGCCGGGCUUGGGAAGGAUGAGAGGGAGGAGGGGCAAGUGGAAGGGCGAGAGGAGAGGCAAGGGGAGCGGCGAGGGGAGUUAAUGGGUCAACAGGGAGAGGUUCCAGUAUUGAACAGGGAAGCAAGGUGGCAUGGGGAUGGGGAUGGUGGGGCCGCUGGCGAUGGCAAUGGGAGAGAUGAGGAAAGCAUGCACGACGAGGAGACUGAGGAGCCGGAGCGAGAGGAGGAGGAGCUGGAGCAGGAGGAGGGGAGAGGAGCGGCCAUGAAUGGCCAGUCGGUGCCUCGUUGGGGAGAGUCCAGCGCUCAGAGCAGCAGACAGCACAGACAGCAGCCGCAGCAGCAGCAGCAGCACCAGCAGCAGCAGCAUCAGCAACAUCAGUUACAGCACAAUCUGCAGCAGCCGCAGCAGCAGAGGGAGUCAGGCAGUGGAGAGGGAGUGGUUCCUAGAAGCUGCGGGGGGGCAUCCCAGCAGAAAUCAGCCCAGCAGCAAUCAGCCCAGCAGCAAUCAGCCCAGCAGCAAUCAGCCCAGCAGCAGUCAACCCAGCAGCAGUCAACCCAGCAGCAGUCAACCCAGCAGCAGUCAACCCAGCAGCAGUCUAGAGAGGGAGAGGUGACAGCAGCUGCUGCACAUGAAACAGAUGAGGCUCGGGCCAAAGCACGGGGUCAGGUACGGGGAAUGACUGGGGAAGCGGGUGAUUUGGAAGAAAGGGAUGGGAGGGAUGGGAGGGAGGAGAGGGAGGAGAGGGAGGAGAGGGAGGAGAGGGAGGAGAGGGAGGAGAGGGAGGAGAGGGAGGAGAGGGAGGAGAGGGAGGAGAGGGAGGAGAGGGUGAUGGGCGAUGAAAUUGAGGGGAGGUCUUCUGAUCAGCGUUACCUGAGGGAGGUGCCUUCUGGGAGCGGUUGGCAAAACGUCUCGUUUGGAGAUGGACGGUCAAGAUCAGACGACAUGAGUGAUGGUACCAAUAGGGAAGCGGCUAGUAGCGAAGAUACGAGCAGGUCGCAAGGGAGUGGGAGAGACGGUGGAAGGGCGGGGCGCGGGUUGAGGGGGGGGAAUAGAAGCUGGGGUGGAAGAAGUAGAGGCUCGAGUGAUGGUCAAAGGGUGAUGGGGGAGCAAAUUGACUCUGAUACACCGUCACUUGACAGUUUGGAUGAGGUUUUCCGGGAACGGAUGGGACGAGGCAAUGGGGAUUCUUGA